GCCGUAUUGUGGGGGCGGACACGGUGCUACGUGGUGCAGGAAAAGUUCUCAGACGGACGAUGGCAGAGCGAUGAAGGCGAGCCGUCAUGGAACGACAGCAUCAGUGAUACGGGGUGUAGGCACGGCAGGCGGCAGCAGGCAGAGGCUGGCAGAGGCUGUCACUGCUACCCAUGCUGGUCUGGCAGUGACUGCAACACAUAUGUUGACAACUAUGCUCCGCGGUUCCUGGUGCACCGCGCCACGGCCGUAGUGCCUGUCAACGUCACAGGUUCGACAUACCGGGCGUGGGCCUUAGACGACGACCUGGGCCUGACGUGCCCCCUGGGCCCAGGCGAGUCUGCCCGUUGCCCGUGCGCCUCCUUCACGUACCAGCUCUUCAGCCCGUCGGGGGACCACAGGUUUGCCCUGCACCCGUCAACGGGCCUGCUGGUCAGGAGAAGACCUGCCGCCACGACGGGGGACCUGCAGGAGGGGAAGACUUACAAGUACAAACUCAUGGUCCAGAGCGUGCUGGUGCCCGGGUACUCCAAGGAGCGCCUCUACGACAUCCUCGACUUGGAGAUUUUCGUCGGUCCUGCGAACCUCCAAAAAACUCCAUGGAUUUAACCAUAUAGGGACUCCAUGAACUGAAGCUUAAUUAUUUAUAUAUCUACGUAUCACUCAAAAUACCAAGUGGAUCAUAUUAUCCUAAUAGUGACACUUUCUUACCCACAUCACGAGCAGGGAGCGGGCGUAGCACAGAUACGCACCUUUGUCGGGACAAACUGGGUCAGAAUGACCCACACUAAAGGAAAAAAUGCCUUGAUUUUUUUGACAAUGAUUCACUCACUUCACUAGGUGAAGGGUAAA